UCUAGAAAAUAAACUAUGGCUGCAACAGGACAGCGAGGCGUUAAUAGGGUCCUAGAUAAACUAGAAGCGUCUGUAAAUUCAGGACAAUACUAUGAAGCGCAUCAAAUGUACAGAACGUUAUAUUUCAGAUAUCUUAGUCAAAAGAAAUACCCAGACCUCUUAAAUUUAUUGUAUAAGGGAUCGACGUUACUUCUGCAACGGGACCAACACGGUAGUGGAGCCGAUUUGGCAAUACUUGUUGUAGACGUGUUAACAAAGUCCGAAACUAAGCCCUGUGAUGAAUGGAUCGAUAAAUUAGCGAAAUUAUUUGAAAUCAUGGACUCCAGUAUUCCGGAGAGAGAAUCUUUUCUAACAAAUGCUGUAAAAUGGUCCAUGGACAGCAAUAAAAAGGGACACCCGCUAUUACAUAAGAAAAUUGCUGAAGUUUAUUGGAAGGAAAAAAAAUAUACAGCUGCACAUAGACAUUUCUUGCAUUCUAGUGAUGGGGUAGCGUAUGCCAACAUGUUGAUAGAACUACAUACAACAAAAGGUCUCAAAUCAGAGAUAGACUUGUUUAUAACACAGGCUGUUCUACAGUUUUUGUGUCUGAGAAAUGUUCAAAUGGCCACAGAGACCUUUGAUAGGUAUACAGGCUCACAUCCCAGGAUAAAGAAUGACAAAGGCCCCCCUUACAUUUUGCCACUAUUAAAUUUCUUAUGGUUUCUUUUGAGAGCAAUUGAACAGAGACAAGCAAAUCAAUUUAAAGUUCUAAGAAACUGGUAUGCAAUAAGUAUAAAGCGUGACCCUAAUUAUUCAGUGUAUUUGGACAAUAUUGGGCGCAUUUGGUUUGGUAUAGAAAUUCCACAAGAAAAUAAGAAUUCUGGUUCUCUAAUUGGUGGUCUUUUGAAGUCAAUCAUAGGAGAAGCCGAAAGUUCUGAUGAUGAAGGGGACUUUGGCGCAAAUUGCGCCGCACCAGACCUAGAUUGAGUCAGUAAUUUAGAAAAAAGAAUGUUGGAUUAUUUUCGACUGACAUAUCAGCUAUUUGGCUGCAUUCAUCAACCCUAUUUAUAUUAAUUUGUAUCUUGCAGUAGUCCGCCAAUUCAUGUGGAAAUUUGUGAGAUUCAGGGAGAAAAUACAUAAAAUUUUAAUUCUGUAUGCAAGCAUUGGUUACUCAUAAAUUGGACUUCUGUCUCACUUGACGUGUUUAACAGAGUGUAUAGUACAGUUAUUUCCAAAUUAAUAAGGGCCGGGAUUUUAUAAAUAUAAUUUAAACAUAAGAGUGAUAGUAUUUGGACAUGUGUUUUUAUAAAUAAAAACAUGUUGGCUUUGUCUGGGCUCACUUUAUAAUUAAUUUUAUCAGAUCAUUGUACCAUACCAGCUAAAUAAUACCAAUAAUGAAAAAUAAUACAUAACUUUUGUUAAUAAAUAUUUUCAGUACCUUAUUAAUGGCAUCACUGACGCUUAAUUUUAACUUGUAACACCAUGGCUAUUCUUGCCUUGACAUUAAACUUUGUUUUUAUUAUAUAAAGUAAAAAUAGUUCACUAAAUUAACUACCAUUACAAAUAAAAAUCAAGUUACAUUUUGCUUGGGAUUGAAAACAAGUUGUAAGAUUUUUCUAUAAUUUAAUUGUCAAUAAAUCCAGUUAAA